UCAGCUGAUUUCGCUUGUUAUCGUUCAUAUAUGUAUAUAUAUAUAUACUUUUUUCGCUAAACGAGUUUUAGUAAAUUCUGUUUUUGAAAUUGUAUUUUAAGCACGCGAAAACACGCAAACAGGAUUUUAUUACGUGGAGACUUUACAAGGAUUGCAUGUUUAAUUUUUGUCGUUCAAUCUUGAUUUCACCGCAGAAUCACUCUUUCUUUGACGUUUGUUGAUUUGAUAUAAUGGCCGCAGAAGAGGGAUUCGAACAAUUUGAGGAUGAGGAGACUGAAAUUGCAAUAGGAGGAACUUUACCUGGAGGACGUAAACGACUUUUCUCAAAGGAAUUAAGAUGUAUGAUGUAUGGCUUUGGAGAUGAUCAAAAUCCUUAUACAGAAAGUGUAGAUUUAUUGGAAGAUCUUGUAAUAGAAUUCAUCACAGAAAUGACACAUCGUGCAAUGGAAAUUGGUCGUACUGGUCGAGUCCAGGUUGAGGAUAUCGUAUUUUUAGUUAGAAAAGAUGCGAGAAAAUAUGCCAGAGUAAAAGAUUUACUCACAAUGAAUGAGGAACUUAAAAAAGCAAGAAAAGCUUUCGAUGAGGUUAAAUAUGCAGGUACUGUCAAUCAGUGAAAAAAUGCUCUCAUAUAUACUGCUUGCAUUUUUAGAUAUUUUUGUUCUCUAUAGAGUGAUUAUUACGUAACAUCAUUCCUAUAUCUGUCUUUUGUAUGGAUUUUUCUUUAUCAAAAAUUCACUAUUACCUUGAAUACUAUUAUUUCGAUAACUUAUCAAGAAAUCAUUUCUUAUUUAAUUGCGUAUGACACGUGAUAUUGCAGCGCAUGAAAGUUUUUUUUUUUUUUUACAAGUUUGAUUCUAAAGCAUUUUGAAACAUUAAAUGCAUCUUUUUGUUGAAAAUUUUGAUUAGAAACUCGACUGAUGUUUACGAACUUUUUUUAAUGGAAAAUUAGCUUAUAGUGAGAAUGAUGAUAAUAGUUAUUAAUGAAUAGAUUAUUUAAUGUAGAGGAUAAGGUGAUGGGUUUAUAAAAUAUUUUGUUUUUGUGGAAAAGGAGCAGAUAUGUCGAUAAUUAGUUAGAUUUAAUUAUUAUUUUUUUUUAUGAAAGACUGCUUAAAGUAUGUUUUAAACUAAAUUCUAUUUCUUAAUUUAUCUGUUUGAGAUCUUGAUUUGUUGUAAGUUUAUUAGUAUUGAUUGCAACAAAAGCCGAAAUAAGUUAUUUCAGUGACUUUGAAGGUUAAAUCAAGGCUUUGUGCAAAUAAAAAUAAAAUGUUUAAAUUUCCUUUAAGGAAUAAAAUAUGAGAAAGAAUAAUGUUAAAGUACAAAAAAUAUACUUUUACUCAUGUUAUUUUUUCUUUAGGUUUUCGAUAUAUAAAAUUUUAUUUUAUUUUCGUGUACUUGAAACUACGUUGUUAUUGUUUCCUGUUUCGUUUAGUUUGUAGAUAAGACCAUUUCUCUUUUUUUUUUGUUACAUUUCGCAUAAGUAGAUUACUUUUAGUACAAACGAAAAGUUAAAGAUUAUUUUAAUUAUAGUUUUAAAUAUAAUCAAUUUAUGGUUAUUUCUUGUGCACAUAAAUUGCUGAAAUAAAACUAAUGCCUUUGGCAUGUAGAAGACACAUUA